AUUCUUUGAAAAUCUACUCUCUGUCUCUAGCAAAAUGGGAAUUUUUAUUUGUGCACGGCUCUUCACUUUUAUGAUAUUUCUCAAUUCUGUUCAAUCAAGUCUACAACCAUCACAUCAUAAUGAAGAACAUCCAACACCCCCUUCAACGCCAACCCGUUUCCAAAAUAAUGUUAGAUCAGUCAUAGUUGAUUUAGAUCAUGAAAGGUAUUCGCUACGCAUGGAUGAUGGAAGGAUUGUUCAAGUCACUCGAGAGGAGGCAGUGAGGUGGGGCGCAUUCUUACGAGGAUCAGGUCCAAGGCCCCUUCAUCAACAGCCGCCGCCACAAGAAGCGCCAUUGCAAGUUUCUCUCCAGGAUGGUGAUAUAUUGUACCGAGGUGUAUAUCCUGUUGGAAGAGUCCACGGUGUGACGAUUCAUGGAAUUGGUUCAGCUCCACCAAUAUACGAACCUCAGCAUGGUGAUGUAGUGAUACGCAGUGGAGCUCCUGUUGCAAAAUAUGAGAAUAAUGAGUGUCGCCCGUGGCGUCAUCAGUAUUUGGAAUAG